AUGGAACAUCUUAAAUUACUUUCGAGAAUUGCAUUAAGGCAAGAAUUUGACUGUCUUGAUGCAGGUGAUAAUUAUGCUAUAGGCGAUACAGAAUCAGAGGACUCUAGACCUAAAGAUGAGCACAACUUAAACCCAAAAUUAAAGUUUACAGAAAAUGAUGAAAUAUCUGAUAUUAUCAAUAUGUAUAGCUACUAG